GGCAGGCGGGAGGCGGCGCGGCUGAUCGGGCAGCGUCUGCUGUGGUACCUCCGGCGCCCGGGGAACGCCGGUGCCCGCCGGAGGAGAGCGGGGAGGCGAAGGAGGAGGAGGAAGGGAGCGGGGUACCCUCAUCGGGGAAGCCGGGGUCCGCCUGACCGGGCGUGUCUGGUGUGGUCUGUCCGCAGGGUGCCCUGCAGCAGCCGCGGUCCGUCGUCCCCUGGCUCGGGGAGUCCAUGAGUCGCGGGCGAGCGGCCCCGGCUGAGCUCCUCGCCCGCUCCCCCGGCUCCGGCGGCGGCCCGGCGCGGCGGCGGUGAGAUGGGGGGCAGCCUGGGCUGCCACCGCUCCAUCCCCCGCGACCCGGCGGACCUGUGCCACAACCGCAAGUUCAGCGCGGCGUGCAACUUCAGCAACAUCCUCGUCAACCAGGAGAGGCUCAACAUCAACACGGCCACGGAGGAGGAGCUGAUGACCCUCCCCGGGGUCACCCGGGUGGUGGCCCAGAACAUCGUGGAGUACCGGGAGUACAUCGGUGGCUUCAAGAAAGUGGAGGACCUGGCGCUGGUGAGCGGGGUGGGGGCGGCUAAGCUGGAGCAGGUGAAGUUCGAGAUCUGCGUGAGCAGCAAGGGCAGCUCGGCGCAGCACUCGCCCAGCUCCCUGCGCAAGGACCUGGCCUCCGAGCACCACCUCUCUGCCACCAAGAUCAACAUUAACACAGCCACCCCAGCCCAGCUCAUGAGCAUCCGCGGCGUCACCGAGAAGAUCGCCAACAGCAUCGUGGACUACCGUAAAGAGCACGGGCCCUUCAAAAGUAUCGAGGACCUGGUGAGGAUGGACUGCAUUAAUUCCUCCUUUCUGGACAAAAUCAGGCAUCAGAUUUUUGCAGAGCGGUCCCGGCCCCCUUCGACGAACACCAAUGGUGGCCUCAACUUCACUGCCAAGCCUCACCCCAGCCCCACUUCUCUGAGCCUCCAGAGCGAGGACUUGGACUUUCCUCCUGGGGGUCCAACGCAGAUGAUAUCCACUCGCCCUUCUGUGGAGAUGUUUGGGGGAGUGAGAGAUGGCAGACCUGUCCUGAGAGUGGCUACCUGGAACCUGCAAGGCUGCUCCAUUGAGAAAGCCAACAACCCAGGCGUGCGGGAGGUCGUCUGCAUGACGCUGCUGGAGAACAGUAUAAAGCUUUUGGCUGUGCAGGAGCUGGUCGAUAGAGAAGCGCUGGAAAAGUUUUGUGUGGAGCUGAACCAGCCGACGCUGCCAAACAUCCGCAAGUGGAAGGGCCCUAGAGGAUGUUGGAAGGGUGUUGUUUCCGAAAAACCCUCAGGCCAGCUACACAAGGGAGUUGAAUAUUCUGGCUUCCUCUGGGAUUCAACAGCUGGCAUCGAACUGAAAGAUGCUUCAUCUCAGGAGAGUGCCCAGACGAAUGGCAACGGGAAGCACUCGUACCCUCACCCCUACCUUGCACAUUUCAAGGUUGGGAUGAAUGACCUCACACUGGUUAACCUCCACCUGGCCUUGUCGCCUUCACCGGGGGACAGUGCCAGCAAGAACCACGACAGCCACAAACUGGCGGCCUUCGCUCACACUUUGCAGGAGACUCUGAAAGGAGAAAGAGACGUGAUCAUCCUGGGAGACUUCAACCAGGCCCCGGACAGCAGCGACCACGACAUCCUGAGGAAGGAGAAGUUCCAUCACCUGGUCCCUUCCGGCACCUUCACCAACAUCAGCACCAAGAACCCCCAAGGCUCCAAGUCGCUGGACAACAUCUGGAUCAGUCGGAGCUUGAAGAAGGUUUUCACAGGCCACUGGGCUGUGGUGCGCGAGGGUCUCACCAACCCCUGGAUCCCCGACAACUGGUCGUGGGGCGGGGUGGCUUCGGACCACUGCCCCGUGCUCGCCGAGUUUUACCUGGAGAAGGACUGGAGCAGGAAGGAGGCGCCGCGGAACGGCAACGGGGUGAUGGUGGAACGCAGCGACUCCCACGCCAGGAACGAGCGGUGACGGGAGCCGCGGCCGCCGCUCCCAGGCCUCUGCCUGCUGCGCUCCCCGCGCCUGCGGAGUGGCAGCGCUGCCUUCUGCUGGCCCUCUGCCCCUCCUGGACGCUCCUGCGGUGCCUGACGGAGGCAGGGGAGACAUCUGGGGACGGGAUGGACGUUUCCAGGGCUGGAGAUUGGGAGGGAAUUGUACAGAAA